GCCACCUUAUCAGAACAGUCUAUUCGCCUCCUGGGAAGUGUUCCUGCAAGAAGUUGAAGUGGACUCUCAGGUUCACGGAGACAUUGCCCGUAGCCUCGGUCGACAAGUUGGGAUGACGUUAUUAGAAAAGACCUUCCAUAGAAAAAUCCAGUCUAGGAAGAUCUUUCUUCACCGAGAAAGUUUUGAAACUGUACUCAGUAAAGCAGAAAACCUCCUCAGCAAGUGUCAUCAGGACUACAGCGACGCCUACCGGAAGCUUCCUACUGUAAGAAAUCACAGCCAGUUAGCUGAAUAUUACGACAUGCACAACGCCUAUGUCCAGCAGCUAUACGCUACGAAUGGAAUGUUGGAACACUAUUAUAACCAGACUCUUCCCAUGCUACUGGAGGAGCUCCAAGAGGUUUACACUGAUCUGAGUCAGACUGUAUCCGAGUCCAUCAUGUCGGCUGCUAGUCUUCUGUCAAACAAGGCCAGAGAGCAGGCUGACCAUUACGAGAAUAUCUGCAGUACAAGCCGAGCGGUCAACAGUGAAGCUGAUUUGGCAAACUUCAUCAGGACACUCAGUCCAGAUAAAGCCCCUCCUCCAGUUACUCACCACCCAUUUACUCUACCCAUUUCAGAGAAUGAGUCUUUCCAAAUGGAGUCGAGCCACAUUCUCCAAGAGGACCUGGUAUUUGACCAACUGUCUCUUCCUCCUAAGCCUGAAUCUCUGCGAGAAGAAAUUGGUAACCUGGAGUCCCAGAUCCGACAGCUGCAGGAGUCUCUUGACUCGCUGCAGAGAUUACAGCAGAGGAGUUUAGAUUCAAACUUGUACAACAAGGCUAAUGAGUUACAAGAAGAUAUCAGUCUGAAACGUUUCGACCUACAGGUGGCGCACAUUCACCACGCCGCCGUGAAAGAACAGCAAAAGCUGUUUGAAGGUAAAGCAAGGGACCUUCAGGAGAAUGGCAGCUACCAACAAGAAAGGAAAGCUUCUACAUCAAGUACUGGCACCAUAAAGAAUAAAUGGCUGAAGGCGUUUCGAAGUCUGAAAUCAGGUGGAUCCAGUAACAGUAUCGAAAAGGCAGAUACAGCAGACCGAAAGAGUUUGAGAAGUUUCGCUCGACCAGAAACUAACACAUCAUCUACUCUGGAGCCUGGACAGCAUAUCUUUCAAGAGUAUACCUAUAAGAAAGUGACACCGUGCGACAUCUGCCGGGAAAUCUUGAGAGGUCAUGUUCGUCAGGGGCUGAAAUGUAAGAUGUGUAAAAUAAACGUUCACGUGGACUGUUCGGAAAAGACCGGAAGAUGUCAG